AUGCGAGCAAGUAUCGUCAUUAUUUUGGCUUUCGUCAGUGGGAUUGUUAUAGCCACAUCUAGAAAUCAUAAUUAUUCUCAUUUCGUAAAGCAUCACGCAAGACCACGAGUGAUCCGUGGUUUUAAACCUGAAUACAUGUCUACAGCAUAUGGUUUUGGGAAAAGACAAAGUGUUGUCGAAGUCCCGAAAGUUAAUAAACACGAACGAAUUUUAGCUACACUUCUACGUUAUUUUCCACAGGGAAUUCCCGUGGAAUGGUUACUUCAACAAAUGAAAACAAAUUCAGCUUUUGCAACAAAAUUAACACAGAUGUUAAUAGACGAACGUACUAAUUUUAUAUCAACGAUGGAUCGCUCUAAUCCAGAAAGAAUAACUUGGUUAUAUUAA